AUGGAAGUCAAUGAGACCAGAAACUACGACAAUCUGUCUCCAAGAGGAACUGCCACUCAGUCAACGACACACUUUGGUAAGUCAGCGGACCUCGCCAUUGACGGUGAGAAGGAUUUCUCCGCAUCGUCUGGAUCUUGUGCCGUAACCAGUUUCGAGGAAAACCCGUGGUGGAGGCUGGAUCUCCAGGCGUCACAUCGAGUGAACAUCGUGGUCGUCACUUACAGACAGGACUGCUGUCUCGAUAGAUGGAACGAUGUUGAAAUCCACUUCGGAGACUCUCUGCAGAACAACGGAAACGACAAUCCCAGAUGUACCGUGAUCUCAGUUGAUCCGCUAACUAGCGGCGUCACGUACUCCUGCGGUGAUCGGGAUGGUCGGUUCAUAAACGUCCUCCUUCCUGGAAGGAUGAUCUACCUCCCGGUGUGCGAGGUGGAAGUGUACGAAUCAGUUUCUUUAGAUUAUAGAAAACGAUCGGUCAUGAGGCUAGCGUUUAAAUCCAGCGCUAAUCUGAUCGACCCGACAGUGGCGGAUCAAGUGCUUAAAGAGUUGACGUCAGCGCUGGCUCUGAGAGGAAUCACCAAUGUGACACUGAGCUGGUCUCAAACUCCUGAAGAAGAAGUGAUCCAACGACGAGUCGAAAACGAUUCCUGCUAA